GAGGCAGAAGAAAAAGAAGAAACAAAGGAAGUAGAUCUUAGUAAUUCUGAAGUUGAGGAUGGUGAAAACUUGGUCCAUAUGCCGUCACAGGGCAAGACGAUCAGUAACAUAGAAGUCCAUUCUUACAUCAAGGAGAAAAAUGAAAACCCAGAAGUGUCGGAAGUUGAACCGUGCUUAGCAGUUGAGCCUGAACCUUGUCCCAUCAUUCCAGAAGAUUCCGAACAGGUUACCAUGGGCGAGAGUUCUGUACAUUUUGAAUUUGAAGCCUCUUCGGAGGACACUGAUGAGAAACAUGGUGAACAAGAUGUUGCUGUGGAAACGACUUCAGUGAAUGCUGCAGAAGAGAAAAGUAAUGAACAUGAAAGUGAACAGACUAAAUCUAACGGUCAAUCUAAGGACUUUGACAGUAAUAGCGCAUGUGCAGAGCAAAGUGAUAAAACUGCUCCGGAUGUGACAGAUGCUGAAUCUACUCCAGAACCAAGUGCAAUAAAGUGUGAAGAAGUGAAGGAAGCAAAUACAAAGACAAGAGAAUUUACAUUGGAGGAUUUCAAGCGUGACUGGAGAAGAUUUAACAUAGACAUAGCGCCUAAGAUGCUAUUUUCACGGGGUUCGUUGGUUGAGUUACUGAUCUCAUCCAAUAUUAGUAGAUAUGCUGAAUUUAAGUGUGUAACAAGUAUACUAACGUACCUCAAUGACAGGAUAGAACAGGUGCCUUGUUCAAGGUCAGAUGUUUUCAGCAGUAAAUUUGUCAGUAUGCUGGAAAAAAGAAUGCUGAUGAAGUUUAUCGAGUUUUCUUUAUCCUAUGAGAGCCACACAGAGCAAUAUGAAGAAUAUCUGGACAAACCAUUUGUUGAAUUUCUCAGAACUAGAAAGUUGACUCCAAACCUCCAGCAUUUUGUACAACAUUCCAUCGCUAUGGUUACAGACCAAACACCAACUGUUGAGGGACUUAAAGCAACACAUCACUUUCUUCGUUCACUUGGUCGCUAUGGCAACACACCAUUUUUAUGGCCUCUCUAUGGCUCGGGUGAAUUACCGCAGUGUUUUUGCAGGUUAGAGUUUUAUCAUUCAUAUGAUUCUAAUGUCUCAAGUGUUGAUGUUAGAAAUUUUUAUUUGCAGGUAAUGUUGCUGACCAUUCCACCCAUACAAGGCAAGAACCCUGUACGUGUAAUUGAACUCAAUCACUGUGCCUAUGCCUGUCCCAAGGGAAUGUAUGUUGUGCAGAUGACUUGUAAAGGUAGUGGUGUUGCCAAGGAUGAUUUACAAUUUGUUGUUGAUAUGCUGUUUCAUCAAAACAGUGAAGGUGAGCUUAGAUAUGGCAAAACUCUUAUUAAAGUACAAAUUGUCGAUAGUUAUUUGGUCGUAGCUAGAAACAAAGGCAGAUGA